AUGGCGUCCUCGCAGGCGUUGCCGGAGCCCAUGAACUCCUCGCCUCACCACCCAAAGGUCAAACUAACGACGACGCUCGCCGACCCCACUUUUGUUGCUGGGAAACACGUUUCUGGCAAGUUGGAAAUGGAAUGUAGAGCUGAUAGAGGUCUUGGAAUUGGGAUCAUGAUGGUUGAACUGUUCGCCAUCCAAGAGUUGACGUCUAGGGAUCAUUCUGCGACUUCUACGUUUAUUCAUAGUCGACGCCUCUUCCAAGGACCUGGUCUCCCACCGUCUAACGCUGUUCAAGCGCACCCAAUGCCCGGCGACCCUCCUUUACCGCAGCACUACUACCAGGCCCGCCGAGGACGUUCGACAUUCCUCUUUCGGAUUCCUAUUCCUGCAUCCUCCCCUUCGUCCAUCACGUUCAGCUCUGGAUUGGCGAAGGUUCGCUAUGAGCUCCGUGCGAGCGUUGGAGUAUUCUGGAAGAACGAGAAGCGGCUGGUAGUAGACAAACACUCCGUUGACGUUGUAGAGGCGUAUCCGGACGACGCAUGUCUGGGUCGAAUUCCGGAGGCGGUCGUUGUGGGCGAAAGUGGGAAGCUUUGGAUGCAAGGGCGGUUGACGUCUGGCGUGGUCACGGCUGGUGGAAGCGCGUGCUUGGAGCUUCAGGUCAAGAAUCACUCGAGCAAGAAGAACACUGGCUUGACUCUAGCUGUAACUCGAACUCUUUACCUCCCAGCCGGAACGCAACGGCAAGCUCCUGUCCUUAUCUCUGACACCCUUACAACGGUUCCUUUUCGUGGUCCGGAAUAUAUUGUCCCUCCUGGGGCAGAAGGAGUGGCAAAUUUGGUGUUCGACGUCCCAAAAUAUGCGCGAGGUGUGCGUGGAGGAACACUUGAUGGCGAGGAAUCAGAAGGAGGUCCCAGGCACAGUGAAUCUCUUUUCGAGAUCCGCUGUAAAGUUGAGGUCAAGUUCACCUUGGGAAUGGGCAGCAAAGACCUCCUGUUGGAAAUGCCAAUCGAUAUCGUCCAUCCAAAAGCUCUUCCGCCUCCUCAAGACCUACCAGGCCCUUAUGGACAACCUUAUUCCGUUGCUGAACCCGUUUAUGACUACAACCCGUAUUAUCACCCACCCACUUCUCCUGCUCCGCUCCAACUGCCGUACAUCGACCCUAUCCAGAACCAGGUCUGGCUUCCUCCACCCCCGAUACCCAUCCAAGGACACCCGUAUUAUCAACCUACACCGCAACCCUAUUACGCCGCUCAAGACCCAACUCUUUUCGUUCCAGCAAACGGUGCACCACAUAUACCCCGGCCUCUGAGCGCCGGUCCAGUGGCCUCUGCGUCGCAGAUGCUGUUACCGGUGGUUCCGGGUCUUCCAGAUCCUUAUGCUCCAGCGCCGUUAUUACCUCUGCACGACCUUGCGCAUCCACCAGAACCCAUGGCGCAGAGCCACGAGGCAGAGGAGGGUAAAGGCGAGCGUGCUCUCCGUGUUACGCAGCACCUCAGAAUGUCGUCGAGAACUCGCUCAGUGUCUCCUCAAAGCCAUCGAUAUCCGCUUCCUGUUCCACCACAAACCAUGCUCGAAAACGCCGCUGCAGCUCCGAUUUCGAUACCUUUACAAAGGCAGGGACGUCGGCUGCCUGCUCCGCCUCCUUUGCUUCUUCGGCAGGACAACUUGUCAACGUCGCCGCCUGGGGGUAGUGAUGGCGUCGUACACUCUCCUCGACCACAGCUUACGCCGAAGCAUUCGUUUACGCGAGAUCCGGUACUUGGCGCUACGGUCAAAAGCGAGCGGGUCGAGGAGCUCGAGAAGAUGGCGGACGUUGUGGCGAGGAAGAGCCAAGACCUGUCCAACGACGUUCCGAAGGGCAUCAUGGCUACACUCGAGGCCGCUGCCGCCGAAGAGAAGGCGACUGAGGAGGCCAACGUCAACAAGACCCUUCCAGGGCCUCCCGUACCGUCUGGAAAGCAGAAAGACCUGCUCGCACUGCCAAGUCGAGCUCGAGCGGACCUGUUCUUCGCUGCUGACAAGCAGGAGCCUCCAAUGAAGGAGACCUCUCCUCUUCCAUCCGACCAGACACCUCCAACACCCGCCCUCGUCGCCGUCCCAUCGCGACGGAACGAGCUGCUGAAGACCGAAAGCGGUCUUGACGCCCUCGAGCGGCGCCUCCUCGCCGAAGUUGGCACCCGCAACUUCGAUUCACGACAUCACGCUCCGCGAGACCAGCCUCAUCCUGACGUGAGGAGCGUCCUGCCCAUCGAUACCGCGCUCGAGGCACCCAGCCGACCGAUCCCUAUCCCAGUGAAGAGCCCCGAACCGCUCAACGACUCCGCGAUCUCGAGCUUGACGCUCGCAGGUGGACUGGGUGGCGGAGACGACUCAGAUGGCGAGUUUGAUGGACGGACGCAUAGGGCGGGGCGGUCGAGGAACGGUGGGUCGGGCGAUGAGGGCGAGGUCGGGUUGUUUGUGGGUAGUGCGGGCAGGAGUCCUGAUGCGGGCUCUAUGGGGCUACACAUGCAUAUGCAUAUGCGAGAGAGGGCGGAGGGCAGCACGCCGACGAAGACGUCGAAGAAGGAGAGGGAGAAGACCAAGUCGGACGCUGAAGGCAAGUCGGACAAGGAGAAGGAGAAGAAGGAAGGCAAGACGAGUGGCAAGAAGAAGGACCGCUCGAGCACCAAGUUCGCUGGGAAGGGCCGCGUCGCAGCCUGGCUGGGCGGUAUCGACCCAGACGUCCCGCCACAAGAGCAGAUCAUCCCUCCCAGCCCGAGUGUCGUCCGUGGUCCAAACUUCACGCUUCUCGACGACGACCCGGAAGAGGAUAACUUCCCGUCUCCUGUACCUCUUAUCACACCUGUAGAACGUCAGCCAGUGCCUGAAGCCGAGGCGGACCCCUCCAAAGACGUUUCUGCCCCUCCAAAUCCUCGCUCGUCAGGCUUCGUGCCCAUCGCGAGGUUGAAGAGAGACACGAUACGUGGCCGCCCACUCGUCACACGCGAUGCAACAGUCGUAGAGGAGGCGAGGAAAGUGCAAAAUCUGUGGUCCGACGCUUCAGUUGCUGGGUCUGCUUCUGCUCCUCCAGGCCUUCCUUCACCUCGACAGGACGAGCACACCACGCCCAAGAUCCCCGCACAGACGCCUGGCUACGCUCUCAAAUCUCCCUUCGUCAUCGCACCGACAGCGCGCCCCCAGUCGAUCAGGACGGAUCGGAGGGUGUCGCCUCCGUCUGCGCGCCCGAACCCGAUUCCGGGAUCGACUACGAACCUGAGGCUGUACGCCAACGUCAUUCUAAACUCAAGCGCCGCCAACGCAGAUCCGAACCCACAUUCACAUUCAGACAAAUACUCGCAGCCGAAUACCAGCCCGAACCCGAAUCCGAGUCCCGCGGACCCGAGCUCCAGCUCGAAGCCAAGCACGGGUACAAGCAGGCCUGUGCUACCGUUAUCCUACUCAGCAGCUGCGAAGGCCGUAUGGAAGGCACCUCCACCUCUGCCCGCCAAGGACCACGCUUUGUCUGCCUACCCACCUGCCUCGGCCUCAACCCCAGCAGCCCAAGCAUCUUCGUUGUCAGUGCAGAACAAGCCGCAUCCCCAAGCCAAGCUACCCUCCUUCCCGCCUCUCGACCCAGAGGUCAAGUACGACAUCCGCUCUGCGCGUGGCGGGCGGGGCGGGAAGGUCACAUCCGUGGCGAACUUGUGGGCGAGCGGGGCGAUCCCUGGGCUUGUUGGUUCCAAUGGAAAUGCGAAUGGUGUCGGGAGAGUAGAGUUUGGGAGGGUGAAGGAUGGUGGUGGUGUACAGGGGAAGAGGUUGAGCGCUGUUGAGGAGGGUAAAGUCCCUUCUGCCUCCGCCUCGGCGUCUGCGUCUGCUGGGAAAAGUGCGAAUGCCGCAGUAGCGACUGCGAAGCCUAAACCCCCACCCCCUCCAGCAGCACCCAAGCCAGAGAAGAAGCUCUUCUCAGCAGCUGUUAUGACGCCUCCACCUGCUCGCUCUGUUCCUCCUCCUUUCGCAUCGUCAGCGACGAAACCCGCUGCUCCUCCUCCUGUUGCGCCAAAACCACAACAACAUAACCCAGAAGCUCAGAAACGGCCAGACUCGAGGAACCUGUUCUCAGCUCCUUCUCCGCCAUCUUCGUCUUCGGCGGCAGUUGCGGCGGCCAGUAAGCCAGCGCCUCCGCCUCCACCUGGUGUGAAGAGAGUGCCUUCGAUGACCCGCCUCCAACCCACCACAAACGGUUUAUAUCCUUCAUCUAAGCCCCCCAGCCGGUCAACAAGCGGCAAAAUCACGCCCACCGACGGGGUUGGCAAACCUUCCUCCAAACCUCCCCUAUUGACACCAAACGUCAAACCUCCCAUCGCAGCGCUCAACCUCCGCUUCAAAGCCGGCGACCCGGCGGUGGUGUCCUCCUCGCACGCAGUGCCCACGUUGUCGUCUACAGCUUCGUUGGCCCGACCAAAUCCGAGGCCGACGUCGGGGUUGGGUCUACCGAAGCCUAAGUUGAGUGUACCCCCGCUUGUGGCGUCGACGUCUCUAGGAGGAGUGGCGAAGGCAAGUGGAGAUGCGAGGGUGGAUGGUGGGGGUAAGGUUGUGGGUAAGGCGGUGCUAGGCCCGGGGCUGGGCAAGGUGGAAGAGCACAAAGAGGUGCAAGGAGAGAGGCCGCCCUCCCCUUCCAAGCCUAAUAAUGAUCUGGCGUUCGGGCAGGCGAGGCUUCGGGAUUUGAUUCGGAAGUACCAGGGCGUCAAUGGGCCGCCUCAGCGCGCAUGA